GCUCAGUUUGCGAUCGACUACGGGGCGGGCAGGACGAUGAUUUAUGCUAUCGCUCGAACAAGGCGCGGUUCGGGAUCGGUUAGUGGUCACUCAGUUGGAACAACGGAUAUGACUUUUGGUGGCUCAGCACAGGACAAGCGAAUCGCGAAGCGAAAUUGUGGAAAAUAUCAAAUUACCCAAUGAUUGUCCCGACUGGUAGAAUAAAAGUCAAUCGAGCCUCAUCGAACCCGGUCGUGAUAGUGAAAGUAAAUUUAGACGACUGACCGGCCGGCUGGUCAUCGGCCGACCUGUGUGCUGUGUUCGGUGGCAAGGAUAAAGCCCGAAGGGAUAAAUUGGAAAUAAUUUUGGAUGUUGGCCUUGUGGUGUUAAAGUUAAAUUCGGUGAGAGGUUGAACCUGACGUGUGUAAUAUAGUGCUGUUGGAAAUUUAUUGAACUGUGAAGCUUUCAACGGAGGAAUUCCCGAUGAUUACUAUCACUGGGUGGUCCAAGUCGUGCGAGCAUCGACCUGAAAUUGCACGUUGCAUAUCUUAAUAAUCAACGUUCAUAAUUCAUUUAGUCGCAAUGCUGGAGGUGUGGAAUUAUAAUGAUCGGGGCAGUAAAUUAAUAGCCGAUCGAUAAUUGAGGUAACUGGUAUCACUUGUUUAGCUGAACUGUUGGAGAGUAGUUGGAGACUUGAAUUGUUUGAAUUGAAUGUUCAUUUGAAGGACCUCUGCUGGCACAGUGGGUGGCCACUAGCAAUAGGCGGAGCCCUCGUGCUCCAUCUCGGCGCACUUGAUGAGUCACUGGUCCGCAUCCACGAUUUCUACCUUUGCAUUCGUCCCGAACCGGAAACAAAUACACCCCGUCUCUAUGCAGUUUGGCGCGGCGGAGGAACUCCCUCGAGUGAUCAACACCGUGAGUCAACCACCGACCCACCACCACCAACCCAACCCACCACCUCUGUUAUAUACCGUCAAUUGGAUCCGACCGUAGAUCCAAUUACGCCCCUAGCUGUGGAAAUGCUAGCUGAAGACUUGCCCGCUCUACUGCAAAAUCUACUAGUGGGUAUCGAACGAGCCAUCUGUAGAGUGCCGCUGGAAGAACUAUCCUUCCCCACGCAAGAAUGCACCACCAACGCCGCUAGUGAUGAAGCCGAUGAUCGGCAGAACAACAACGGGACUUCACCCCCGGAUCCGACAGACCGACAGGACAAAUACAUCCUAGCGCCCGGUACUCCCAAGAUCGGACUCAAGCGCCGUGAACUGAUCACCAGAAACAAGUUGAUCAACAACAAGUACGCCCUCAAAAGGAUAACGUCAACGACAACACCGCCUAGCCCAAACCAUAAUAAUGGCGGCAAUCAUAAUAACACCAACGGCAACAGCUUUAUAAAACCCAAGGAAUCUUCGGUUGGAGGAAAAAGUGAAAAUACUUCACGGAUCAACGGUAAUCAGUGUAAUGACGGCCUAGUGACGCCAGUCGUCGACCGAAGAACCGAAAAGGAAGACGACGGCAGUGCUAAGCUCUGCGACACGGGUGGUAUCACAGCUGUCGGGAUCGUGGGCGGUGGAGGAAGCGAUAAUCACCAAUCAACUGCCACUUCCAACGACUCCAACCCCGCUGGUGCAGCGGACAUCAACUCGAUGCCAUUAUUCUGCCUCGGCGGAUCGUUUCCCCAUAUCGACAGCGAUGAAGAAAGCGGUGACGACAUGAGGCGGAGCGAGACAGCACCAGCCCAUCCCCAUGACAUAGUGGCCCCGAGGUCGAUCCAAGAUCUACCGGAGAAGCACUUAACGUCAGGAAUUUCGAUACCAGGAACGUACGACCGGUCAGGUUCCCCGCUGAUCUACAUCGAAGCCGAGAAGGUGCUCGCAUCGGGACUCAACUGUUACGAAAUCGCAACCGUUCUGCUGUAUUACAACACGCUACCAAUCCAAAGCCCCUCACAGUACUGCAUUCACUUAUUGUUAACCGAAAGCUCUCAGCUGGCUUUUCUGGAAACUCUGGACAGCGCACUGCAACUUCUAAGUGGCCAUAUAUCCUUCGGAUCGAUAUACGUUUCCGGGUCGUACGAUCCGGCGGACAACAAGCACCCACCAAAAGAACUCAUCCGGAAUCUGAACGUGCACAUCAAAUACCUUAACAAUGAGACCGUUAAGAACUUCAUCGGCACCGACAAUUUACCGAUCCGAUGUGCGGGCUUCCACGUGCACGAUCAGCGCGAGUGGAUCGAUUUUUUCCGUACCCUGGAACCCCUUCAGAUCCAAUGCGUGGAAACAGGCCGCCGGCUGGUAACCGUGCUGAACGACAUACGAAACCUGGAGGUCCAGGCCACGACACCGACCCGUAGGCAGCUCCACUCGCAGCAUCGCGCCCUAAGCCGCGCGCUGAUGGAUUCGGAACUGCAAGCCCUCCGUCGGAAAGGACCAAAUACCAUACAACGACUCCAAGACAAACUCACCGUUAUCAACAACAAACAAACGCUUAAACAAACCAAAAAUUUAGUUAGGAACAGUAGUCUAGAUAGUACUAGUAAUAGCAAUCGCCUCGUGAGCAGUAGUCUAAACGGAAACUUCACCCUUCACCACAAGCAGCAGCGGACCGUCGUCGGUAUGAACGGUGCCGCCGAGCAGGAUCUGAUCAACGCUCGCCUCGGAGAAGUGAUCACCAUCUUCCAGGAGGUGGAUCGAGCCGCCCGAAAGCUCGAACAGCUUACCGAACAGAGGAGAGAAAGACUAAGGGAGAUGACCCGGCAGCGUGCCCUGGACGAUGAGAUCAAUGAGGUAAUAUCAUGGAUCCGGAACGAUGGAAGUAAAACUCUACAGAACUUCAACGAAUCGUCUAGCUUAGAAACUGCCGAUCGCGCCAAAGUAGCUGGUCAAGAGUUUGAAAAAUUCUACUUCAUCUCACUGAAGUGCAUCAGCAAAGGACGGGAUCUGUACGAUGCUUCUGCCGAGUUAGAGAUUCUCAAGGAUACGCUGAAGAUAUUGAAGGACAUUGUUGACCAGUACAAGGAACGUUUAGAGAAUACCAGGGAACGGAUUGAAGGAGCCGUUCGACUGCACGACUUCAUAGAAUCUCUUCGCUUGAAGCCCCACGAUGAGGCUGUUCAAAUCGAAAUGAUCGAGCUAGCCGAGAAGGUUGAAAUCCCCGCUUUAAUUGAACACUGCAGAAACCUCCUGCAAACAUCAGCCAGUAACAAUAGUAACAGAGAUACCAACACUACCAGUACCAGUGAUAACAUCAGUUUAGAUAUAAGCUUGUCCGAUGACACGAUCACAGCCACCAGCACUCCGGAGAAGAGGAAAUACGGUCAAUCACUGGCACCACCAUCCCUGAUCGAGCCGAACGGGAACCACUGCAGCCACCACAAUCACGGCCGACACCACCACGAUGAAGACGAAGAGGAGCAAUCGAAAAUGGCCGAUUCCGGUCUGGGAGGUUGCGAUCGCUGCGAGGGUAACGAAAAACUCGAACGAACCUGUUCCUGCCAAAGCCUCAACGAUCCGAAGAACGGAUGUAACAAUGGUGAUGACCUAGAUGAGGACUGCUUUGAAGCCAAUUCAAAGCCUUCCCUAGAUCUACAGAUACCGCUGCAGGCAAACGCUCAUCUCUACUGUCACGCGUCGAAUUUGCAGCUAGAUUACGAAGAGAACAACAUAUUUGACCAAAAGACGCAGAAAACGCUUCUAUUGAUCAUGCGCGAGAUGAUUGGAACAGAACGCGACUACGUGCGAUCGCUGCAGUACGUAAUCGAGAACUACACUCAAGAACUUCUGCGCGAUGAUAUUCCACAAGCGCUGCGCGGCCAGCGGAACGUCAUCUUUGGCAACAUCGAGCGAAUAUGCGAAUUUCAUCAGCAGCAUUUCCUCAACGAGUUGGAAAGUUGCGAACACCACCCACUCAAGGUGGGAAGCGCUUUCCUGCGGCACGAGUCCAAAUUUUACCUGUACGCGUUGUACAACAAGAACAAACCAAAAAGUGAUUCUCUGAUGAGCGAAAAUGGAACGCAGUUCUUCAAAGCGAAGCAGUUGGAGCUGAACGAUAAGAUGGAUUUGGCAUCGUAUUUGCUGAAGCCGGUGCAACGGAUGGGAAAGUACGCGCUGCUAUUGCAACAGCUGAUGAAGGCCUGUUCCUCAGCGCAGGAAACAACUAAUCCAGAGAUUCUGGAAGACAUGGAAGAGCUGCAGAAAGCCGAAGAGAUGGUACGUUUCCAGUUGCGACACGGUAACGAUUUGCUGGCGAUGGAUUCGCUACGAGAUUGCGAUGUGAACGUGAAGGAGCAAGGUCGAUUGCUGCGACAGAAUGAGUUCCUUGUUUGGGAAGGAAAGGCCGGCAAGAAAUCUCUGCGACAAGUGUUCCUGUUUGAGGAGUUGGUCCUGUUCAGUAAAGCUAGACGGUUUCCGGAUAGGAAGAAUUUGGAUAUCUACAUCUACAAGAAUAGCAUCAAGACGUCGGAUAUUGGUUUGACGGCACACGUUGGAGACUCGCCGUAUAAAUUUGAAAUUUGGUUCCGCAAACGCAAACCCGGCGAUACCUGGACGCUACAGACGAUGAGCGAAGACAUAAAGAACGCUUGGACAGAAGAAGUAUCCAAACUGUUAUGGAAACAGGCCAAACGGAAUCGGGAAAUACGUCUGGCCGAAAUGUCGUCGAUGGGUAUCGGUAGCAAGCCCUGUCUAGAUAUUCGCCCCAGUCAGGAUCAGAUUAAUGACCGAUCAAUCAGUAUUUCGAUGUUCGGUAAAACUCCAAAACUACGAAAUUCCUUCAUCGGCACGCUACCGGAAUCGAAAAGUUCGAAACGCCCACAGUCGAUCAUUUCGGUUAGCAGUUCAUCGUCUGGAAGCUCGGUUGUCAGUACCGGAACCGGAUCAACGGCCAGUGGCUGUGAAACGAACGCCGUAAUCAAAAGCAACGGGAGUGCGGUCGGGAGUAGCUCGGCCGUAUCGUCCGGAUGCAGCACCAGUAGCACUAGUAGCAGUAGCACCACCGCGAGUAUUACAACCUGCAAACGCCUCACCCUCAGCAUUACCGACCCAAAUGCUCCAGCGCCUCUGAAGGCCAACUUCAAGAAACAUCAACGAUCGACCACGCUAGUGAGCCAAUGUUCAAUGGAAAGUGGCAUCAUAGCCGAUAUUUCUUUGAGUCCGGACGAGGCCCUGGAGAACCCACUUUGGCCCCAACAAAAACAUCACACUCUUUUGAAAAAAUCUCACAGCGUCGCAUCCACCAGUCAGGAACAUAACAAAAUCCCAGAAGAUAUACCAAAACCAAAAGAACUACCAUGCAGUGCCAGCAGCAGUAACAAUGCAUCAUCCAACGCUACCGGAUCCACCAAAAACCACUCCAGUUCCAUCAACUCAGACACCAUAACCGUCCAUCUUUGAAAGUUGUAGAAGUUCGUUCUAAGCUCCUCUAUGCCAUGUGUGGUCUUUUUGUACAAAAUAAUUUGUCUAAUCUUUUACUGCUCGUGUAAGCUCCUUGUUCUACCUUUGCAAGUGGAAGGUGUUUUAACCUCUAAUCGAUAGUAAGAAUUAUCAAUAUAUGAAUUUAUGCACAUGGUACUUUAUCGAUUAAUUUGAUACGAAUGUGUGUACCUUUGGAAUAAUAGCAAAAUUAGAAGGGACAUGACCGUCUCAUUGAAGAUAAUCGAAAGCAGACAAAACAUACAUAAUUGGAUAAUCAAUUGUUUGAUUAGAAAAGGCAAAUUAACAAAACUGGCUUGAAAAUCAUAUUAUUUAUGAGACAUCAUCACAUUAUUAUAAAAAAAACGCAAACUACCUAAAACCUAAAUGUUAAACUAUGUACAUGCAUAUAUUAGAACAAUAUGUCCAGACGUGUUUAAAUAUUAAAAUAUGACAGAGGAAUUUUGAAAAGACAAAAAAAAGUCUAAAUAUUAAUAGGUCUUACUUAUGUUAGUGUCGCGAAAAGCCAUUACUAUUAUUUCGAUAAAUGAAAGCCCUACCGCAAAAAAAUACAUAUAAGGUUGGAAUGUAGUUACUUGAGUGAAAUAAAAGCUUUAUUCUAAAACCUGCUGCAUUGAUACAUUUGACACUGGUUAACCAGAGUUCUUUCGAAGUCAAUCGCGUGAGAGUAUUCCUUGAAGAAAUGUAUUAUUUACAUUAAAUCAGAUUAUUUUUUGGAUAAAUUGUCUUAUUUAAGUAAUAAUUUAUUAAGAUUAUAUAAUAUACAUAUUAGUCAUAAACAGUCUUCACGAAAAAAUAGCAUACGAAUCUCCAGAUUGAAAUUACCGAAAAAUACUAACAUUUUUCGUUCUAUCACCUUUUAGUCAUGUUUCGAUUUGUUUUGUUUUUUUUUGUAUUAUAUUUUCAAAAUGUAUGUAUAUUUAAACUGUACCUUAGAUUUAACCAUAUAAAAACUAUUAAAUAUUUUAUUUACUA